AUGAAGGGAUACUUAGCUUUUCAACUCCUUGUCUCUCUACUUCUCCUCAUCUCCUUUCCCAUUUCCGCUUUUAGAUUCUUACGUUCGGAAAAUGACACCAGACGGAAUCUUCUCACCAAUGGUGUUGGCAUGACCCCUCCAAUGGGGUGGAAUAGUUGGAAUCACUUCUGGUGCAGUAUUAACGAGACAAUAGUCAGAGAAACUGCCGAUGCUUUGGUAUCAACUGGCCUUGCCAAGCUUGGAUAUCAAUAUGUUAAUUUAGAUGAUUGUUGGGCUGAGUUGAAUCGUGACUCAGAGGGUAAUUUUGUUGCUAGAAAAUCGACGUUUCCAUCAGGUAUUAAGGCUCUUGCAGAUUAUGUACAUAGCAAGGGGCUUAAGCUCGGAAUCUAUUCAUCUGCAGGGUACAAGACAUGUACCCAGACUCAACCAGGGUCACUUGAUUAUGAAGAGAAAGAUGCCAUGACCUUUGCUUCAUGGGGAAUUGAUUAUUUAAAGUAUGAUAAUUGCUUCUUCGAUGGUACUAAGCCGAUAGUUCGAUAUCCUAAAAUGACACGAGCACUGAUGAAGACGGGCCGUCCAAUCUUUUAUUCUCUCUGCGAAUGGGGGGAUAUGCACCCGGCUCUGUGGGGCGAUAAAGUUGGAAACAGUUGGAGAAAUACCAUGGACAUUGUUGAUAACUGGGACAGCAUGGUCUCUAGAGCUGAUGCAAAUGAAGUAUAUGCUGAGUAUGCAAGGCCUGGUGGCUGGAAUGAUCCAGACAUGCUUGAAAUAGGAAAUGGAGGGAUGACAAACGACGAGUACAUAGUCCACUUCAGCAUUUGGGCUAUUUCUAAGGCUCCCCUUAUAAUCGGAUGCGAUCUACGAAGCGCUAGUAACGAAACAUUAGCAAUCCUCGGCAACAAGGAGGUCAUCGAUGUUAACCAAGAUCCUCUUGGCAUUCAAGCGAAGAAGGUUAGGAUGAUAGGAGAUUGUGAGGUUUGGGCUGCACCUCUGACGGGAUAUAGGAUGGCUGUGCUUUUUGUAAAUCGGGCACUCUUUGCAUAUGGCAUCCCAGCUCAUUGGGAUGACAUUGGUCUCCCAAAAGACACGGUGGUCCAAGUGAGAGAUCUUUGGAAGCAUGAGACGUUGGAGAAGACAUACAAGAACAAAUUCGAGCCCAUGAUUGCUUCGCAUGCAUGCAAGAUGUUCGUGUUGACACCGAUAUCUUAGGAAGUCCCAUCCAUGCCAUUGUUCAUAGGAAACUAAUUAAAUGCUGAU